GGUGUUUUAGGUUAUUUUUUGCUCGCUGAUGUAAAAUAUGAAUUCUGAACCCCCUCCCACUUUAUUUACAACUAAGAUAGCAAGAAUAUAUCAAACAUGGUUGGAUAAAACGGUUCCUUUUGUAGCAGUGAGAUGGGCUGUCACACUUGUUUCAUAUCUUCUCUAUUUUAUAAGAAUUUACAUUAUACAGGGUUGGUAUGUUGUAACAUACGCUCUGGCAAUCUACCAUCUCAAUUUAUUCAUUGCUUUCUUGUCACCAAAAGUUGACCCCUCCAUUUACAAUGAUGAUUCUGAUGAUGAAGGACCCCAUUUACCCACUGGUUCUGGUGAAGAAUUUCGUCCGUUUAUUCGACGACUCCCAGAGUUUAAGUUUUGGUAUUCUGGAUCGAAAGCAAUCCUCAUUGCAUUUGUUUGCACUUUGUUCAGUGCUUUUAAUAUCCCAGUUUUCUGGCCUAUCCUUGUUAUGUAUUUCAUUAUUUUGUUUGGAGUGACAAUGAAGAGACAGAUAAAGCAUAUGAUCAAAUACAGAUAUCUUCCUUUUACUCACGGAAAGACAAAGUACAAAGGGAAGGAAGAUACAGGCAAAGUGGUUGGCCCUUCAUAAUGCAAUUUGAUGCAAUAUUUAUUUUAGGAUACUUCUACCAACAUGAACUUAAUUUUAUUGUGUAUGGAAACAAUUCGAUAGCUUGUAGAUGAAGUUUGUUGUGAUAUGUUUUUACAAAGUAUGAUUGCUUCGUCUUAAACCCAGUGGCGGACAUUGGGGUUUUGCUAUCAUUGAAUAAUUUGUAAAGAUGCAAAGUAAUUGAUAUAAAAUAGUCACCCUUCAUUAUCUUGGAUUUCUGCUGCUGCUUACAAGUGUAUAGAGAUAUAACAGUAGACUAAUUUAAAGUGUGUGCAAUGUGAAAUGGAUUAUUGUAAAUAAACUCUAAUUUACAAGAUAA